GAAUGGUUGGUGACCUGUUCGCCUUGCCCAGGAGGUAAGCCCCACAGCCGCGGUCUGCCGUGCCGUCAGUUCGUCAGUCCGUCUCUAGCUUCACCGGGAGUAGACUACGCCGUUCAGGAAGUAGGCCCAGUGAUGGAGAACGCGCUAAGCAACAGUAUACCGGAGAGCUUCCGAGAUGUGUCCGUGCUGAUCUCUGGCGGCACGGGUUUCAUGGGGAAGGUACUGACGGAGAAGUUGCUGAGAUCUUGCCCGGAUCUGCGCCACGUGUACUUGCUGGUCCGUGAGAAGCGAGGCAAGAACAUGCACCAGCGGCUGGACGAGAUAUUCGAAGAUCCGCUAUUUUCGGUGUUGGAGCGGGAGCAGCCCAAGUAUCGGCACAAAGUAACGGGAGUGAGUUGUGAUAUGGGUGCCCGUGGGCUGGCCCUCUCAGAGCACGAUAAGGACCUUCUGGUGCAAGAGGUGUCGGCAGUGUUCCAUGGCGCCGCCACUGUGCGCUUCGAUGAGCAGCUCAGGACAGCCUACAACAUCAACGUCAGGGGCACUCAGGAGAUGAUCAACCUUGCCAAGGAAAUGAAGAACUUGAAGGUGUUUGUUCACGUGUCAACGGCAUAUGCUAACUGCCACUUGGAGACUAUAGAGGAAACUCUCUACCCGACCCCCAUGGCACACGAUCGCCUCAAGGAGAUAGUCGAGCAUGUCGAUGACGAUGUGCUGUUGGAAGCCAUGCUGCCAAAAUUGUUAGGAAAAUGGCCCAAUACUUACGCAUUUACCAAAGCUGUGGCCGAACAUGUUGUCCAGGAGCAUUCAAAAACAUUGCCUAUAACAAUCUUCAGGCCAGCUAUUGUAGUGGGAACAGCAUAUGAGCCGCUGAUUGGAUGGACAGACAACGUGUACGGGCCGACAGGUAUUGUUGUUGGAGCUGGUUGUGGAGUGGUUCACACAAUCUACGCCAACACUGACUGUGUUGCUAACAUCGUCCCUGUCGACAUGACGGUCAAUGCUCUCAUCGCAUCUGCUUGGAAAACCAUCAAAGAUAGCCAAAACAAGCAAGCUCCAGAGGAACCCAAGGACUUGGUCAGUGACGAACCAAAGAUUUAUAACUACGUGUCAUCAGUGGAGAAGCCCCUAAAAUGGGGAGACUUUAAAUAUCUGAUCGAGACUCACGGAACGAGUGUGCCUCCCAUGAGAGCCAUGUGGUACUAUUUCCUGACGAUCCACCGUUUCUGGAUCACCCACCUGAUCUGUACAUAUUUCCUGCACUACCUACCAGCCAUCAUCAUUGACAUUCUCGCCAAACUCACCGGCAAGGAAAGUCCCAACCUCUUCCAGGUUUAUCGCAAGAUAGAUAAAUUCUCCGGAGUACUGGCGUACUUCGCCCACAGAUCGUGGAAUUUUAGCAACAACAACGUUCAAGAGCUUUGGCGUAGUUUGAGCCCAUCCGAUCAGAAACUCUUCAACUUUGACAUGAAGCAGCUAGACUGGGACAAGUUCUUCUACAAUUAUAUUCGUGGCUUGCGAGUAUAUUUGCUGAAAGACGAUAUGAGCACUCUGCCCCAAGCCAUGAUCAGAUGGAGGAGAUUCUACUGGGCCCAUCAAACGCUCAAGGCUAUUUUUGGGUUUCCUCGUACUCCGAGUCAGUUGGGCGUGUGGCUCUACCUUCUACAACGCUCUCAGUUAGUCUUCUGCUCUCCAACUGUUGUUUUAUUUAUUAGUGAAUGUUCUUAUUUAUUAGUUUAAUUGUGAAUCUUUCUGUAAUAGUUGUAAAUACAGUUUCCUAUUAAAAUUGAAA